ACGCCCCGCAUUUGCAGGUUAUCGCUCUUCGUGUGAUGUACAUGUGGACGUGCUCCUCUCCUGCGGAGAGGAAUUGGGCCGUCCACGAGGGUGUAUAGAUGAAGAAGCGUAACCGGCUUGAGUUCGAGAAGGUCGCGAAGUUGGUUGAGAUCUCAGCCAACGUGCGCCUUCUCUCUCAUCAGCGGGCAGGCCGCGGGUUCGCUCUGCCGUGGACUCUAGAUGAGUCGUUGUUGGACGCGGAGGGAGGUAUUGGGAUUCGCCCCUCGUGGAAGGGGACGGACGAGAGCAGGACGCGGGAGGAGGUCAAGGAUCAGAGACGUUCAUGGCAGCGAGACCCAUGUGGGUCCAGAGCUCCUCCGGGUGAUGUGGGCGAUGUUUUUGGGACUCGAGCCGCCACAUUGCACCCGUACGCUCGAGACGAUUCCGAGGGUCACGAGGACGAGGAGGAGCCGGCGGGCCAAGCUACCGCCACUCCUGCGGCGGAUGAGCGUGAUGAGUGGAGCGACCCAGAGGACGUCCAUAGACGGAGCGGCGGAGAUGACCUUUUCGUUCGAGUUGAUUUGGAGGAGGAGUCUUGGGGCCGUCAUGGGAGCCCUUUAGAGCGUCUGAGGCCUACGUCCGCUGAGCGCGAGAGAGAUCUUGGGUCUGCACCUUCGAGGGGGGCAGAGUCGGGGAUUGGCCAUCGUCCUGUGGGUCGCUCUGGCACGACAUCAUCCACCGCUCUUCCCACUUCGACGGAGCAGCUCCAUCGACAGGCAGCCGGUGCAGAUCGAUUGCAAAGAUUGGUGAGGGGCCUGAGACAGCGAUUGGAGGACAAAUUAGAGGGCGGUCCUAUGCCCGUGCAGGGUGACGACGGAGACACACAGGGGUUGGUUGGUGGAGAUGGUGGUGCGUUGGCCGUAGGUGGAGGCGGUGCCAAGUUUGAUGCAGCGGUUAAGGGGAUACCAAUGGGCGGCGGAGGCGGUUUCAGUGAGUUUGGUGACAUGGGUAUGCCCCCGGGAGAGAGCGUGGGUCUGGCCCGAGGAGAGAGCGAGUCUAGUGGGGACAUCAGUGUGGGUAUGCAGGACUUACUGGGACAGAUCAGCUUCGCGGAUCCGAGUAGUUUCUCCCCUGCCAUGCGCGUAGAGGUGAUGUUGGGGGCAGAGGGGGAUGAGGACCGAACACCCCCUGGAGAGACAUCUGCAGAGAGGCUGGAUAGGCUUGAUAGUCGUUGAGCUUGUCUCAUGGCACAGAGGGACCCCAGGACGUAGGAGCUCGCCCGUCUU